CCAGGAAGUGUUGACGUGUUGAUUGAAUUGAAAUCCUCAGGAGGGGAAGCGGCGCCAUUCCACAGCUUCUUGUUUGGUGGAUGAAGAUGCUGUUUAUGGGACGGCCCAUUUCCUGGUGUGCAGGCUGGGGUUGGAGGCGUCUGCAGCAGAUGAAACCUGAGAAGCUGUGAUCAACACAACCGUGAACUACGCCAAUCUUAUUCCCUUUCCAGUUUCUGUUGGAGUGUGGAGGAAAUGGCAGCAGCAACAGUUUCCGUUGAACACGACCAGUUUUGUUGUUCCGUGUGCCUGGACGUUUUGAGAAACCCGGUGACGAUCCCCUGUGGACACAGCUAUUGUCUGGACUGUAUUGAUGGUCACUGGAACAGGACCAAGCAGAAGGGCCAGUACAGCUGCCCUCAGUGCCGGCAUGUGUUUAAUCCCAGACCUCUGCUGAGUAGAAACACGGUUCUGGCUCAACUGGUGGAAAAGUUUCAGCGAAGCGGAUCUGAAGCUUCAGCCCAAACUUUGGUCAAACGGGAUGAAGUGAAAUGCAGCGUUUGUACGGGCGGAAACAGCAAAGCUGUGAAAUCCUGCCUGGUCUGCUCGCAGUCGUACUGUGCGGCUCACCUGAGAGUCCACGAUGAACGCUUUCAUGGAAAGGCUCAUAAAGUGAUCCCGGCUUCAGACCAGCUGAGAAAGAAGGUGCUCCCACCAGCUGAGAAGGAGGCUGUGUUGGUGGCAGAUGAGAAAACAAAACAACAGAUGGAUAAAAUAUUCAACCUACUUAAGGAGUGCAGACUCGAGUCGUACUACAAUCAGUUUCUUCAGCUGGGUGUAAAAGAUGUCAGAGAUUUCCUGGAUAGUGUGACAGAUGAAGAUCUACAGAACUUAGGUUUGAGUCGUGUGGAAAAGAAUCGUUUUGUGGCGUUGAAAAACUCCAUUCAAAGACCCCAAGCUUCAAAGCGCAAAGUUCGCACUGUGGCAUCUGUGCAAAAAUCAAGGGAGGCAUUCUUCCUGCAGUACAAGUACCCUAAAUGUCCUCAACCAAAACGUAUUACAGAUAUGGAUCCAACUCAAAACACUGUUGAAGAUCUGAUGUUGAGGAUCUGUCACCUUGAAAACGUGGGCAGCACCACAGGAGUCUGUCUCUACACAAUUGACGGGAUGCCCUUGACAGAUGAUUCUUUCUUCAACACGUGGUCUCUGAAAGAGAGAUACAUUCAAAGUGGAGAUAUGAUCUAUGCCAUUUUUACACCAAAGGAAAACCUGAAAUAUGCUCCUCAGACGCUCAAAGUGGAGUUUGUCGAAACACCUGGAGAGGAGGUUAUCCGAUGCCACAUCAUGCUCAGGGGAGAUUUCGACGUGAUGGUGAACUUAGAAAACGACACCAUAACCAGUCUUAGACUCAAGUUGGCAAAUGCAAGUGGAAUUCCAGCACAUGUCCUUCAAUACAAAGGUCAAUGUGACGGAUGUGACAAACUGGAAAGCUGUGGAAUCUCUGAGGGGUCAACAGUUGCCUUCUCUUUAUACACAGAUGAUGAGAUUCCAUUCAAUGAUGACUUCUUCAUUCAUGAUGUUGUGCCUUCAGUCCAGCAAACCCAGAAAGGAACCAGUGUGUUCCUGUCCUCACUUUACGUUGUUGAAGAGCAUCAUUCAGAAAUACAAAAUAAAUUGAUUGGCUACAUACGAAGACUGACUGGAUGUAACCCUCUUGCCCAAAGUUUGCAUCAGCUACUCAGCAGGAAUGAAAGGAUGACAAGGAAUCAAAAGAUUUCAGUAGUUGAAGGCUUGUACAUGCUCUUCAGAGAGCUUUUGCCCCAACUUGGCUUAGAACGAGGGGAGAGAGUCAUCAAGGACAUCCAUGUCUUUGAGAAUUCAUUGUACUGCUGGGCACAUCUCAUCUCAAGAGCAGAGCAACAAAUAUCAGACUUUGAGAACUACGCAGAAGUCUCUCUCACAUCUCAAGACAACAGACGUUUCUGUGAACCAGUGAGAGUGCCUGGAGUGCCAGUUGCCUUUGAACGAGCAUUCAUUCUCCAGAAAAUCAAAGAUGGGGUGAAAAUUCCAAACUGCACAGAACAGAUUUUGCGAGAGACCUCAUUACAGAGAGCCACUGACAUUGAGAAACUCUUGCUCAGCUUGCCUCCCUUCAUAAAGACCUAUCCUCUCUGGAUUAGUCAUGAAAAGAUAACCGGUCAGAACUUUCAGGUCCAUGAACAGUUGACUUUUGGAGAAAUGGUUGAAAGAUUGAAGUCUUUCCCUCAUCUCAAUGUGACCCCACCUCUACAUCUGAAGAAGCUUGGAGAGAAUAUGGCCUGCCUUGUUCUGUUGAGUGAAGAUAACCUUGGUGUUUAUCUGCAUAAAAGCAAAGGAUCCACAGAUAUGAUCAUGGUGCACAACUGUCUGGAUGGCAAGAGCAUUGAAGUGGAUGUGAAUGAACUGGCGGCCAAGACUGGUGACCACAGAGAAGAUGGAUCAUUUGUCACAACUAGGACUCCAAAGGAAGCCAUACUGGUCCUGAUAGAUACAAGCUCAUCCAUGGAAGAAGAGUGCUAUGGAAAUGCAGGGAUAAAGAAAAUUAAUGCUGUGAAGGAGCUCUUUGACAACUUUGCAUCAAGAAGCAUGGCUUAUGAUUUCCAUCAUAUCAUUGGUCUCGUGAAUUUUGACUCAAUGGUGAAAACUCUACACACAUUUACUGAAAACCUGGAAAGGUUCAAGGAGUUCAUCCGUAUCCUUCAACCGAAUGGAUGCACUCUGCUGUAUGAUGCCCUACGACGUGGCUUGUCCGAGUUGGAAAAGGUCAAGACGAAGUUUCCAGAUUGUCGACUUCGCAUCAUCUGCCUCACUGAUGGAAAUGAUUCUGGAUCCUCGAUGGAGCCAGUUGCCAUUACAGCCAAGCUGUUAAAAUCUGACAUCGUUGUGGAUUCAAUCCUUCUUGGAAAAGUGGAGAACAGUAUGCUGCAUGGAAUCAGCAAUGCAACAGGCGGCUGCUGUUUCAAACCACAGACAAUCAAAGAGGGUUUGAAGCUUUUCGAGAUCGAGACAGUCCUGUCUUUGGAGCAGAGGAAACCAAAGAAAAAACUUGAUGUGUCGUCUGUCAGUGAGCAUACUUUAAUGAGUAUCUUUGCAACCACCGGAUAUGAUGAGUAUCCAGAUACAUCCUUGCCAACCCAGCUAAGCAGCAAAGUGACCGGGACAGAGAGUGCUCUGAAAAAGAAGCUUCGGGAGGCGAAGGAUGAGCGCUUCAUGGAAAAGGACAGACGUGUCCUGGAGGAGCUGAAGAGCCUGCACUGUGACCCUCAUCCCUUCUUCAGAGUCUUCACAUCAGAGUCAGACUUCACAUUCUGGAGGAUUCUCAUGCAGGGCCCUCCUGACACGCCCUAUGAGAAAGGAGUGUUUGAGCUGUACUGCAAGUUUGGUCCUGAAUACCCAGUGAAGCCUCCACUUGUUCGAUUUGUCACCCGAGUGUACCAUUGCAACAUCAACAGCGUGGGCCGCAUCUGCCACAGCAUUUUUGACCGCAGCUACAAUGCUCACAUUACCAUCAGAGACGUCUUUGAUGCUGUGUAUGGACUGCUCAUCAUCCCUGAGCCUGAUGAUCCACUCGACAGCAUUUUGGCUGAGGAGUUCCUGACGAACCGUGAGAAGUAUCUGCUGGAAGCAAAGAAAUACACUGAGCAAAAUGCAGGAAAGUCGCUGGAUGACAUGGAGAAUGAAUUGGUGGAUCAUGUGCAGCAGUUCAUACCCCAACAUCUAAUCUGUCCACUCACCAAUAAGAUGUUUGUUGAUCCUGUGAAAACGGUGUACGGCACCGUGUAUGAACGCAUAGCCAUCGAGGAACACCUCAAACAACACCAGUAUGACCCGAUGGCUGGACCAGGACACGACCUUGAUCUUUGCUACGUAAGAGCCGACUGGGACAUGAAGAAAAUGGUGAUGGAUCAUCGAUCUCGUCAAAUUCAGUGAAUGUGUCGAUCAUCAUUAUCACAGUGGUUCGACCUGUGUUCAAUGUACAUGGUACCUUAUUGAUGAUAGAUUUUCACUCAAAUUUUCAGGGACUUAAAAGGAAAAAAGCUUUAGUAUGUUUGAAGAUAAUCUCUGAAAAUGACCUGACAGAAAGCCUGUCUGUGUUUCAUUCCUUAUAAAAAGUUUUCCAUAGUUUGAAUUGACAUAAUUGGUUAAGUGGAUGCAGUUCUAGAAACCUAUAUACCAGACUAAUAAAUGUAAUGUAGCUUCUAAGUGUUUCUUAGUGAGUAUAAAGUGAAUCUUCAGUUGUUGCAGUUAUAGUAAUUUUGUCCUAACAUGAGCAUUGUAUGGACAAUCACAGUCAUUUUACUUAAUCUGCUGUCUGAUGAUUGUUCUCCAGUUUUUUAGUUUCUCCUAUACUCUGUGACAUUGCUGAAAAUGUGAAUUACCUUUUAGAGUGGUGAAUAAAAGUUUGUCUUGAUGGUGAUUACACAACAAUAAACCAUAUAAAAAG